AGUCACCACCCUGUAUAAGAUACAACUCUGUGGCUCGGCUAUCCUUGCAUUUGCGGUAACCUAAAAUUGAGGUUAGCCAAACUUUACCCUCAACUUUUUCUUUAGAAAUGGAGUGUUCGGAUUUUAGCGAAUUUCAGGAAACGUUGAAAAAUAUGCGUAGAGUAGAUGAUAUCAUUAUAAACACCCUCAAUUCUGUUAUUCCAACGGACUCGUUUAAUCCAGAUGCGGCUAAAGCUUGUAAAGACUUACAUAAUCAGUUAGUUGAAGGAAACCAACAUAGAAAAAGUGCAAUAACAAAGUGUAUAAAUUUAUCUGCUGAAAAACUGAAACAUUUUCGAGAGCAAAGGGAUACUGAUCCUAGUACUGAUCAAUCUUUAAAGUCGAGAAACUUGCUCAGAGCAGAACAAACGAAGUUACGAAUGUUGCAAGUUGAGUUGAGUGUUGAAGAUUUGGUUGAAGAACGCAGUUCAAAAGUCUUUCAAGAACGAUGUCGGAAGUACUACAAACCAUCCUAAUAAUUUGAAUUAUGCGUAGGUAGUAUAAUAUAAUUGUUUUGUAUUCAAUUUGAAGUAAUCUACAAUAUACAACUUUACAAAAAAAUGUACAGAU